CCCCGGCCCGGCCCCGUCCCCUAACCCCAUGCCUCAGACCUAACUCCGACACCCUCCCCCGCGGGGGGCCUUUCCCCGUGUCCCCUGCCUGCCCUGCCCAAGUCCGGAGCCAUGAACGACCAGUACCACCGGGCGGCCAGGGACGGCUACCUGGAGCUCCUCAAGGAGGCCACCCGGAAGGAGCUGAACGCACCCGACGAGGAUGGCAUGACUCCCACCCUCUGGGCUGCCUACCACGGCAACCUGGAGUCCCUGCGCCUCAUCGUGAGCCGGGGGGGUGACCCGGACAAGUGUGACAUCUGGGGCAACACGCCCCUGCACCUGGCAGCUUCCAAUGGUCACCUGCACUGUCUCUCCUUUCUGGUGUCCUUCGGGGCCAACAUCUGGUGCCUGGACAACGACUACCACACCCCGCUGGACAUGGCCGCCAUGAAGGGCCACAUGGAGUGCGUGCGCUACCUGGACUCCAUCGCGGCCAAGCAGAGCAGCCUCAACCCCAAGCUGGUGGGCAAGCUGAAGGACAAGGCCUUCCGCGAGGCCGAGCGGCGCAUCCGCGAGUGCGCCAAGAUGCAGCGCAAGCACCACGAACGCAUGGAGCGGCGCUACCGGCGCGAGCUGGCGGAGCGCUCCGACACGCUCAGCUUCUCCAGCCUCACGUCCAGCACCCUGAGCAGCCGGCUGCAGCACCUGCCGCUGGGCAGCCACCUGCCCUACUCGCAGGCCACGCUGCAUGGCACCAACAGGGUCAAGACCAAGAUCCAGCGGAAGCUGGAGCGGCGCAAGCAGGGCGGCGAGGGCACCUUCAAGAUCUCGGAGGACGGCCGCAAGAGCGUGCGCUCGCUCUCCGGCCUGCAGCUGGGCAGCGACGUGAUGUUCGUGCGCCAGGGACCCUACGCCAACCCCAAGGACUGGGGCCGCUCCCCACUCCGGGACAUGUUCCUCUCUGACGAGGACAGCGUCUCCCGUGCCACACUGGCGGCCGAGCCUGCCCACUCGGAGGUCAGCACCGACUCAGGCCACGACUCCCUGUUUACCCGCCCCGGCCUGGGCACCAUGGUGUUCCGCAGGAACUACCUGGGCAGCGGGCUGCAUGGGCUGGGCCGCGAGGACGCGGCGCUGGAUGGUGCGGGCACGCUGCGGGGCCGGCUGCAGAGCUCCCCCAGCCUGGACGAUGACAGCCUGGGCAGUGCCAACAGCCUGCAGGACCGCAGCUGCGGGGAGGAGCUGCCCUGGGACGAGCUGGACUUGGGCCUCGACGAGGACCUGGAGCCUGAGACGAGCCCGCUGGAGACCUUCCUGGCCUCUCUGCACAUGGAGGACUUUGCCUCCCUCCUGCGGCAUGAGAAGAUCGACCUGGAGGCGUUGAUGCUGUGCUCAGACCUCGACCUCCGCAGCAUCAGUGUCCCGCUGGGGCCCCGCAAGAAGAUCAUGGGGGCCGUGCGGAGGCGGAGGCAGGCGCUGGAGCGCCCACCUGCCCUGGAGGACACGGAGCUGUGA